GGGGUGACGAGGGAUCUCAACUUUUGGAACAUUAUUAUCAAAAAAAAAAAAAAAAAAAAAAAAUCUUUUGGAACCCUACAUUGGUUAUGGACGGGGGACCCUCUCUUGUUACUAGUAAUACUUCAAAAACAGAAUUUUUGGCUGCUGACAAUGUUUACAAAUGAUUCGGAGGGCGAUGUUUUAAUGUUUGCACAUGGAUUUUGGCACCUAUAUAUACAUAUGCCCUUUCACCCCAACCAAAAACCAUUGCUACUCUUCCAGUCUGCCUUCUCAUUCUGUUGUUUUCAGCUUCUGUUUUCUGUCCCCCUGUAUCUUCAGGUAAUGAAUUAGUAUUUGCAUUCAUUUUCUAAUCCGUCCAUUCCCAAAUCUGCGUUAUGGGUUGAUGAUGGAAAGCAUUUUUGCAGCAGGUUUCACCUGGAAAAUGGAAGCUGAAGACCUCUGUUGCGCUGAUGGAGCCAAGUACCAAUGCUUGCUCUUUGACAUGGAUGAUACGUUGUAUCCCUUAAGCACGGGUCUUAACUUGGCGUGCCGAAAGAACAUUGAAGAUUACAUGUUGCAUCAGCUGGGAAUUGAAGAAAGUCAAGUUCCUAGAAUGUGCUUGGAAUUAUACCGGGAAUAUGGGACCACUAUGGCUGGUCUCAAGGAUCUGGGUUAUGAAUUUGAUGACGAUGAGUUUCACGCUUAUGUUCAUGGGAGAUUGCCCUAUGAAACUCUCAAGCCUGAUCCUCUUUUGAGGAACCUUUUGCUUUCCAUGCCACAGCGAAAAAUUAUUUUCACCAACGCGGAUAAAAAUCAUGCGGCCCGAGUCCUGACCAAGUUGGGUUUGGAGGAUUGCUUUGAAGGCGUGAUAUGCUUUGAAACACUUAACUCGCCAACACCUGUUCAGGGAUCCCCCUUUGAUCCCGCAAACGAGGUAGCAGAUGACAGCGAUGAUAGUCUGAUGACUGGAGAUUCUGAUGCCCGUGCUACGAUGAAAACCAACACCCAAAACACACUGCAGAAAAUCAUAUGUAAGCCUUCUCUAACGGCAAUUCAGGCUGCUAUUCGUGUUGCAGACCUUGACCCUGCCAAAACGGUACAGAAUUUUUGCUUCAGCUGCUAUUAGACCUUGGAAAUCUGUGGUUUCUAGCAACAAAUCAUUCACGGAAUUAUUUUCAUUUUCCUAUCAGCUCUUCUUUGAUGAUAGUGCUCGCAACAUUGCCACUGCAAAACUAGCUGGACUUCAAACCGUAAUUGUAAAUUUCUGAACUGGUCUCUCUUAGAAGCCUGUUAAGUGAGCAUGAUGAUGUAGUUUACUGACUUCCAUUCCCGGGUGCAGGUGGGUAGCUCUAGCCUCGUGCCUGGUGCUGAUUAUGCAUUAAGCAGCAUACACAACAUCAAAGACGCCCUACCACAGAUAUGGGACAACGGGGAAGAGCACUAUCUGGAGCACUUCGUACAAUCCACUGUGGAGACUCCAGUCCUCGCAUAAAAUCGAAAGAGAAUAAUUUCCUACAAACGAUUGGAAGCACAGGCAUUUGUAUUUACUCAGCCUGCACGACAGGCUACAUUGUAAUAUGAUUAUCAUAAAUUUUUCUAUGUCACUUAGCAAUUCCUAGUGUGGGAAAAAUCUCAAGAGUUUCAAGCUGCUGAAACCGCAGCCUGCCUCAACUCCAUGAGUUCAAUUUGCUACCUCAGCAAUGGUUGUUCCCUGUAAUAAUUACUAUACAAUUUUACACAAAAAAAAAAAAAGAAAAGCUGGUUCUCAUCUUGUGGAUUACAUUCUCUCUAAACCAUUCGAGACUGACUAAGAUAGAUAUCUAAACAGAAUACUGACUAAGAUAGAUAUCUAAA